GAGAGAGAGAGAGAGAGAGAGAGAGAGCAAUUGGUGGGCAGCUCAGCUCAGCCAUGGCCAUAGGAGAAGGAAACUGGUAAUUGACUUUAUCAAUAGUUUCAUACUUAGCCAUGCAAACCCUAAGUAUACGCUCUGCUCUGCUACUUUCAACCAAUGUCAUGCCCUUGUAUUCUUUUCUCCUUCAUCCUCUUUUGGUGAAGAUGUUGUAUGAACAGCAACAGCUUCAAAAUCAUAUGAUGAUGUUGGACUUGAGGAAUAAGAAGGCUGAUGGGAGUGACUCCAUUGAAGAAGAAAAGCAUGAAAAUGUUGAUUUGAGUAGCAUGUCUUUGGAUUCUCUCCCUAAUCCUUCCCUCAACUUAGCCACUAUUUGCAAACUUGACCUCUCCAAUAAUAAUCUUCAGAGCAUACCAGAAUCUUUAACAGCUAGAUUGCUGAAUGUGGUGGUGUUGGAUGUGCAUUCAAAUCAGUUAAAAUCUCUCCCUAAUUCAAUUGGGUGUUUGACAAAGCUCAAGGUUUUGAAUGCUGCUGGAAACCUUCUUGCUUCUCUUCCAAAAACUAUUGAAAAUUGCAGAUGUCUAGAAGAAUUGAAUGCAAACUUCAACAAGCUAAGCAUGAUUCCAGACACCAUUGGACAUGAGCUAGUGAACCUGAAGAAGCUCACAGUGAAUUCAAACAAGCUAAUGUUCCUUCCUCACUCCAUCUCCCAGCUCACCUCUUUGACAUCUUUAGAUGCACGUCUUAACAACCUAAGAUCUCUCCCUGAAGAUCUUGAAAACCUUAUAAACCUACAAGUUCUUAAUGUUAGCCAAAAUUUCCAAUACCUUGAAACCCUACCAUACUCUAUUGGCCUCCUUAUUUCUCUUGUAGAAUUGGACCUCAGUUACAAUAGAAUCACCUCUCUUCCUGACUCUAUGGGAUGCCUUCGCAAGCUUCAGAAGCUUAGCGUUGAUGGUAACCCACUUGUUUCGCCCCCGAUGGAGGUGGUUGAGCAAGGUUUGCACGCGGUUAAGGAGUACCUGAGUGAGAAGAUGAAUGCCAGUCACCAGACCUCAAAGAAGAAGUCCUGGGUAGGUAAGUUGGUCAAGUAUGGAACCUUCAAUGGUAGUGCGAGGAAUCAUCAUAACACUGAGGAAAGGGAAGGGAUCAUCAUGUCUGAAUAUCGCUCCAUUGAUGGCCUUGCUUCUCCUAGGUACUCAGGGAUGUUCUCACCUCGUCGCCUCUUCUCGCCUAAAAAUAUCUUCACUAGAUAAUUUUUCUAGGUAUUUCUAAAUUUUUUUAAAGGGACAGUCGACCACCAAGGAGUGGUUUGAACUCUUAUACUCCUCAGACAUGCACUCAACCCCCUCUAACUCUCACUAUUAGCAUGCAUUAGCAAUUUAUUGUUGUGUAUUUGUAUUGCCCCACUAGAUAUCUGUGCAGUUCUAAUGCACUUUGAUAUCAGCAUUUUCUCUCUUGUAAAUAAAUAGCAUGCAAUAUAAUGUUGUUAAAAAGUUUAUAUUCUC